AGUCGCGGUAAAGCUGCCAUAACACCGGUCUGCGCCGGCGCACCCGUUUGGGCACUGGUAGCGUCUAGUACCGACCUACCAGUCUCCACCCAGCAUCCAGCGAGAUCUGUAGUGUCGUAUUUUAAACAACUAUUUAAGAGGAAAACAAACGAUAAUGGGUUCCGCAACAAUCGUGUUGGCCAUCUUUGCGGCGUGUCUGAUGAUCGCUACAGUUGACGCAGCGGGCGGCGGGUCGUGCCCGCAGCCGUCGAAGGUGUACAGCUGCAGCCCCAAGUGCCAGCAGAACUACGAGUGCACCCACGGCAAGGUGUGCUGCCCCAACUCGUGCAACGCGCGCUCGUGCACCGAGCCCGCAGCAUACGGCGGGGCCUCUGGCUCGCAGGACAAGUACUCACAGUCGGGCGGUGCUGGGGUAUACUGCGGCAACGUGAAAUGCAGCUCCUUUGAGGUGUGCAAGACUGACCCGGCCACCAAGCGACAGAAGUGUGGCCGCGCAUAAACCACCCAAUAUAUACUCUCUCCUAUUCACACCCACACGAUGUAUCGUAGGCCCGUGGGUACGUCGGAGCCACAUUCUGGACAGACAACAUUUUAUUGAAAAACUUUAGUGUCAGUAGAGUGUUAGAUUUAUUUUUACGCAAACGAUUUAAAACAGGGUUUGGUAAAAUAAUUUAUUUAAUAAUUUAAAUUUUGUUACGGAAAGUUGGUAACCAGGAAUAGUUUUUUAAUGUAAUACUUACUACAAAAAGUAGUUAUUUAUUUAUUCAUUGACAUAAUAAAUAAUAUGUUUAAUAUA